UUAGGCAGCUGCCAAGAUAUCCAGAUCCUGAAGGAUUUUAGAGAGAAAUCUGUGUGUAAACAGAGAGAAAAUGGCAUAUCGAGACUUAGUGAGAGGCUGGCAUGAAGGAAUUCUGGCUAUGGAUAAGGGUGACUGGGACUCUGCCUUGAAAAUCUUCUCCAGUAUCGAAGAGCCAUCCUCCAGGAUCUAUUUCAACAUAGGCUGUGUGCAUCUCUUAACAGGGAACCUUGAGGGAGCCUUGCAGGCCUUUGAUAAAACAGUUACCAAGGACAACCAUCUAGCCGUUGGCUUCUUUCAAAGAGGGUUUGUCUGUCUGCAGUUAGAAAUAAACCUGGUGGAGUGGGGACAAUCAAUGGGACACAAUCAUUCCGGAGUACAAAAUAUAUCAGAAGGACAGAACAGGUAUGAAGAAGCUCUGUAUGACUUCAGAAUGGCCCUCACUCACCUGAGAAAUAACCCUUUCAUUGACUACAAACAACUGGGACUAAGGCACAUGCUCUGUGCCUGGGAGGUGCUGUACAAUACUGCAGCAGUGCAGUGCCGGCUUGGGCUGUGGCAGGAAGCUAGAAUAACCCUGGAGGAGGCUAUCAGACAGAGGCCUGAAGGAAGAACCACAAGCCUGGAUGUUGCCCUUGAGUGGGUGCAGAAUCAUCUCUUCCUGGAGCCCAUACAUGUUCCCCUGGGGGAAUUUUUCAGACCACGAAAGGAGGAAGUUGAGCAGCUGGAUUCAAAAGAUUUCCUGGGUAAACCCAAGGUGAUCUCCUCCGUCAUUCCCAAUGACGAGUACAUCGGAUUUGAGCCUCUCAGGCCACAGAGACAGGGCUUUUACGAACCCAGUGUCAAUGCUGUGCGAGACCGCAGCUCAGGUUACUAUCGAGUCGUGACUCAUUAUUACCCUGAGGACUCUGAGGAGAUGGCAGUGAAGAGCAGCACUAUCAUCUUUGUACUAACUAAAGGGGCAGAUGGCUGGGCUACCGCCAUAAGUGACGGACAGAAACUGCGUAUACCGACCUCUCACCUGGAGCCUGUUUAUGCCCCCAAGGCUGAUAAGUGGAAAGUCAGUAAUGGGAUUCCUCUUCCUCCCAUUAAAGUGCCCCCCAACCGGCCCCAUGUGCAGGAAAUGGACCGCCAGCAGCAAGGACCUGCUGAAGGAGAAGACACUGCUGCAAAUGAUGCUGAUCUGCAAGCAGACUUGCAGGUGCAAUGUUCCCCAACGUCACAAACCAUUAAGGCUAUAAAAUCACUGGUGCCAAAGCAGGUCCCACUGGCUCAGGACAAAGCAUCCUCCAGCGAGAACAGAUCCAUCCUGCUGAAAGUCCACUGUGACUAUACAGUUAAAGUGAACAAGGCCCUGACCCUGUCAGACCUCAGGUCUCUGCUGAGGGAGACGUUCAGCCAGCAGGCAGAGCUUGGGAAGCUGAGCUGCAGGCUUUCAGACAGCAAAGAGUUAAUUGUGAUUUCGGGAGAAGAGGAGCUGGGGCAGAUGUGGCAGCAGGUGACAGAUGGGAGGCUGACACUCUGGUGCCAGGGCACAGAUGCCUGUUCAGACAGACCCGUUCUCUACAGGAUGGUAGCACACCACGGUUACACGGCGCAAAGGCCAGAGGAUCUGGAAUUCAGUGAAGGAGACACACUGGACAUUCUCUCCGAAGUGAAUGAGGAAUGGCUUGAAGGCCACUGCAAUGGCAACUUUGGCAUUUUCCCCAAGUGCUUUGCUGCUCAGGCCAGCAUUGGGGCUGCCUGCCCUUAGAGAAGAGAUGCUUCUUCCUGCCAGACUCCACAAGAAGCCAGCUGGGCUGGGGACCCCACUUCACCUCACUCAUGUCUCCCAAAGAACAGGAGAAACUUGCGCCAAUUCAUUCAGGUCUGACCAUUGCCAGCCCUGCUAGGUAUUUAAUGAAGCUGCCUACACAAGAUGCUUCCCAGUGUGGGACCCCAUUAUCCAGAAACCCAGCAGGAUUAAUUUCUGUAGUCUAAAGCAAAGUGUAAGUCUAAAGCAAAGUGAAGUUUUGUCUACUGGAGCUGGAGGGGUAAUUUCAUACGCGCUAGCUCUGGUUGAGCUGGUGUGCUAAGAAUAGCAGCGUAGCCAGCCUAAACAUUCUGUGUUCAAUCCCGUCUGAAAACCUAAGUACGUAUUCAGGGCAGCUAGCCCCUCCCACCCUGUGGCACCACAGCUACACUUCUCCUGUUAGCACGCUAGCUCGAGCACAGCUGUAGACUGUAAUUUUCAAAGGCAUGUGUCUGGCCUCAGUAUUUCCCAAUAAUAAAAGUGAAAUGACAGACAGGUCUGGCUGGGGAGUGGGGGUGAGGUGGGAUCUGGGUGCAAGAGAGGGUGGUGUCUCAUGAAGGUCACUCUGAGAGGUGUUGACACAGCAAAUGGAGUUUUCCCAUCUCAGACCCAGCCACCAGCUCUUUCUGUAGCAAGAACUUCGGGUUCAAAGGUGCAGAUUAAGUGGUAAGAAGAACCAGCUCCUCCAGAAGAGGGGGCCUGGCUCAGGCCUUAAUCCCCACUUCCCACCAGGUGCAAUAAAAGUGGGGGAAGCUGGACCUUGCCCGUCACUGGAUAUGCCCACGCUGCCGUUAAAAACCCAUGGCUGGCCCGUGCCAACUGACUUGGGCUAAGGGGCUGUUUGAGGGUGGUGUAGAUAUCUGGGCUUGGGGCAAGUAAAUAGCUCCUUAGCCCGAGUCCCACGAGCCUAAGUCAGCUGGCACAGGCCUGCUGCGGGGGUCUAAUGGCAGUGCUAACAGACCCAUUGAGGCCAGAGUGUGGGAGGCAACAUGCCACCCAGUGGACAGGGAGGCAGGCUUGAUUUCCUGGGCUCCAUGCAGUGUAAAAACAGCGCUGUUCUGGUUGGGGAGCAUUUCACACUCACUUUGCAUGGCUGUAAAUGAGUGCACAUGAAUGAGGCAUAGGGUGUGUGGCCCCUCCAAGCCCCAUGGAUCUACCAGAGGCAAAGGGCCUGUGCCCAGACAUCUUGGGUUGUGGGGAUUGUCCCUGGUCAGGUGAACACUGGUGUCCCAAUCAGUUCCACGAAGUUGGGCCACAGCAGGGAGCUAGACCUUGAGGGACUGAGCACUGGGUUGGAGGGAAGGAAUGCAGGGACUGGGGAUAAAGAACAGGGUGGGGGAGAUGGGCAGGUGACAGGAGCUGAGGCAUUGUGGGGAGGGCAGCCAGAGAAACAGGCCUAGCGAAGCCCAGAGGGAUCAGGGAGAGCCAGAAGAAAGAAGUGGUAAGUGAAGCUGAAAGGAGCCAUGGGGGAGCUAAGAACACAGAGAGAGCGGGGCUCAUGGGAGUAGAUAAACAUAACCUGGUGGGGGGAAGGGGGGCGACCUAGAGUCUCUACUUUGCAAAAAGGGUCCUGUAGUGAGCCGGUGUGGCUCCCCGCUGCCCCGGAUGGGGAAGAGCCCGUCCGGAGGCUGGAGUGGGAGGAGCUAGGGAGCUCUGAGCCCGCCCCCAGAGGGUCAGGCGGUGACCCGGAAGUAUAAAGGCUCGCCCUCAGAGCUCAGUAAGGCCCCAGCCGCCGGAGAGACCAGACGUCUCUAGUCUAGCCCCAGACUGGGAAAACCCCGCGGCCCAAGGCGGCUGUCCGGACUGGCCGGGCCUGCCCUGCGCCCGCUACCCGGAGGAGUUGCCGGACCUGCCGAUCGCACCCUGCCCCGAAGAACCCAUGGUCCUGGAUCCCCCAGUGCCCAACACCAGGACCUAGGUACAACCCAAGGGGGAGUGUGGAAGUGGCCCGGGGGCAGCCGACCCUAGUCUGGCUGCAGCACUGCCAGAGCCCAUGUCGGUGUGUUGCAGCCAGGAU